AGCGGAGAUUUCCAGCGGUGAUUUACAAUCGUAUAGAUCAGCACAGUACCGACAAGAUGAUGCAUUGGAGCAACAUACUACCCACAUUAACCGCCUUUAUCGCCUUUAUCCUGGGCAUGCUAUGCCUCUUCGCAGGAACAAAGACAAACCUUUUAUUAGACACGGAUGUUUUCACGAUAUAUACGACAAGUAUAAGCAAUGACACAGGGAUGCGAGACUUCUAUUCAAUAUAUGUCAUGUCCUACUGUGAGGGAUUCCUGCAUGCAGAAAAUCGAAACUUGACCGGAUGUUCAACCCCCUCGCUACUGUUCGCCUUCAAUGCGACUGAAGCGCUAACGAAAGAUGCGGGCAACACCACCUCAUUAUCCAGCCUGGGAUGGCCGAGUUCCAUCACCGAUGAUCUACGCACGUUCGGUGCUACCAGCCAGAGUAUGGGGGUCUUCUACUGUAUUGGGAUAGGGUUAGCGGGACUGGCGGUCUUGGAACGACUGUGGUUCGUGAUCGCGAAAGGACCAAGACAGACGGUUGUAGAAGCUUCUUCUCUCAUGCUCAGUUUCACGAUGCUCAGCAUUCCGUCCAUUAUCGCAACGGUUAUUGCAUUACAAUUCGUGAAUCUCAUCAAUCGCCACGGCGAGGAGUCCGGUGUGACGGCGAGGUAUGGCCAUCAAUUUUUAGGGAUGACAUGGGCUGCCGCUGGAUUGUUACUGGUGGGAGGCAUGGUCAGUUUACUGACGGUAAUGUUGGACCGUAACCGAUCGGCAGCGUAUGAACCGGUGGCAGAACCGAAGACGGUGGCCGCGGAUUCGGACUCGGUAGGGUCGAACGAGAAGGGAGACUAAGAAAGGAACGGAAUGGAGAGGAAUAAUAAUAAUAAAAAAGGGGGGGGAACGUUAACUAAAGCAGGAAAAAAAGAAGACCAGAGAAAACCAAGGAAAGGGAGCGAAUCGGGAGGAGUUGAUUCUUGUGCUAAUGCGUUGGAUUGGAACCCAAUAUUGGUUGGAUAUUGGAUAUUGAACAAAUGUUGAACGCAACGAUAGGAGCCCCACCGAACCUGGACAGUUCUAUAGAAGAAAUUCCAUGAGUCUCUGUUGAUUU